UUGAUGAUGGAGGAGACAGGUCCUCGCAUAGCAGACUACUUUGUGGUAGCAGGGCUCACUGACUCCUCCAAGCCCUUAGAGGAGGAACUGCAGCUGGACGAUGUUCCUGGUCGCUCUCCCCGCUCGGCCCCUGGUGGCCGGCCCCUGGCCCCCAUCACAGACAUAGCUGUGGUUAUAUGCUCACUAGGGGAAGCGGUUCCUCAGGGUUACACCUGCUUAGAGUCCACCCCGUCUGGUCUGUCUGCAGAGCUGAACGGAGCCAGUCUCCGAGGGCCUCAGAUUUACCUCUGCUACAAGAGAGGCCGAGAUAAACCUCCUCUCACCGAUCUGGGGGUUCUGUAUGAGUGGAAGGAGAAGCUGAAGCCUGGCUGUCACAUCGUCCAAACCACUCCCUCUGGUCGCCCUGCCAACAUCAGUAGCUCCUCCUCCCAGCGCAUCUACAUCACCUAUCGCCGCUCCCCGCAGAGCCAGCCGCACACGUCAUUGGCUGUCACAGAUGUCUGCAUCAUCAUCCCGGGCAAAGGGGAGACGCCCCCUCACACCUUCUGCAAGGUGGACAAGAACCUCAACAGUAGUAUGUGGGGAUCCUCGGUGUACCUGUGUUACAAGAAGUCACUGGCUAAAACCAACACAAUCGCAUACAACGCAGGUCUGUUGUGUAGGUACCCAGAGGAGGACGACGAGUCUUUUCCCCUGCCGGAGUCUGUUCCUCUGUUCUGUCUGCCCAUGGGAGCUAGCAUUGAGUUCUGGCCAGCUCACACCAAACACUCCCUGCCUGUCUUCUCUACCUUUGUACUGACUGGGGCCUCUGGAGACAAGGUGUAUGGAGCUGCCAUCCAGUUCUAUGAGCCGUACCCAGAGGACCAGCUGAGUGACAGACAGCGUUCUCUGCUGGGGCUACCGGGCACGUGCAGUAGCAGCGAGGGGACAAAGAGCGUUCACGCUAACAAGAGCAUCUGUUUGCUGUCACACUGGCCGUUCUUUGACUCAUUCAGGAACUUCCUGACGUUUCUCUACAGAUACUCCAUCUCUGGACCACACGCUCUGCCCAUAGAGAAGCACAUCUCCCACUUCAUGCACAAAGUCCCGUUCCCCUCGUCACAGAGACCACGCAUCCUGCUACAGCUGUCUCCACAUGAUAGUCUGAUGCUGAGCCAGCCUGUCUCCUCCCCUCUGCCUCUCAGUGGUGGUCGUCUCUCCACUCUGCUCCUUAACCUGGGCCCUAAGAACGCGACCACUCUGCUGGUGCUGGCCGUAACAGAACACAAGAUCCUGGUCCACUCUCUCAGACCGGCCGUACUAACCAGUGUUACGGAGGCCCUGGUGUCGAUGAUCUUCCCAUUCCACUGGCCGUGCCCCUACAUCCCUCUGUGCCCUCUGGUCCUGGCCGAUGUUCUCUCUGCCCCGUGCCCCUUCAUCGUGGGGGUCGACUCGCGUUACUUUGACCUCUACGUGCCUCCGCCCGACGUUUGCUGUGUCGACCUGGACACCAACAACAUAUUACACAAGGAGGAGAAGAGGGCCCUAACAUGGAAGAUACUACCACAGAAAGCCUGCAAACAUCUCCUCAAUACCCUGGGUAGACUGUACCAACAGCUGACUGAAGGUGGCCAAGUCAGCGGCGAGGAUGGUCAGAUGGAGCCCACUGCGAUUGACCCAGACCUGGCGAGCGGAGGGAAGAGCCUCCACACGCUAGAGAUGCAGAUCCAGGAAGCCUUCCUUAGGUUCAUGGCGGCCAUAUUGAAAGGGUACCGCUCUUACCUCCUCCCCAUCACGCAGGCCCCCUCCGAAAGGACAAGCUCGGACGACUUGCAAGGGUUCUUGAAGAGCCGGGAUCGUUCCCACCAGAAGUUCUACUCCCAGAUGAUCAAAACCCAGAUGUUUAUCCGGUUCAUCGAGGAAUGUUCCUUCGUCAGCGAUAAAGACGCCAGUCUGGCCUUCUUCGACGAGUGUGUGGAUAAAAUUUACAGCAAUGGAAGCAAGAUUCAGAUGGACAGUGAUGGACCAGAAGACACCAGGUUGAUAGAGCUGGACGAGUCCCAUCGCAGUGAACACACAGUCUACAUCAACCCUCCUGAACUAAGACUGUUGGCUCAGGGAGAGGAGCAUCCACUCUGCUAUAGCUACUCUGGGUUUCCGGUGCUUAGUCGUGAUUUGUUGGAGCUCCAGGAUGGACCUCGCCCCUCCUCAGCCAGCCUGACACAGAGACACACCAGUCCAGCCAGCCCUGCUGCCAUCUUUAGGCGCUCCAAACAGGAGAUUCGCUCGGCCCAGCGGAUGGCUAAAACUCACGCCUCCGUACCCCAGAUGUGGUCUAAGUGUCUGCUGCGUCACUGUUACGGCCUGUGGUUCAUAUGCCUGCCAGCCUACGCCGGUGCAUGCCACUCCAAGGUGCGGGCACUACGCAUGGCCUACGACAUCCUGAGGAAGAUGCAGGACAAGAAGCUACAGGCACCUGAUGAGGUGUGUUACCGGGUGUUAAUGCAGCUAUGUGGACAGUACAGCCAACCAGUCCUGGCGGUCAGAGUUCUGUUUGAGAUGAAGAAGGCUGGAGUUCAUCCCAACGCCAUCACCUACGGUUACUACAACAAGGCGGUGUUGGAGAGCACGUGGCCGUCCACAGGAAGUAGAGGAGGCUACUUCCUGUGGGCCAAGCUGAGGAACGUAGUCCUGGGGGUAGGACGGUUCAAACAGACGGUCCAGAACCACAACCAGAACCAAACCCAGAGUAGAGACACACAGCUAUCAGACUACAGUGAUCUGGACACAGUCAGUCAUGGCAGUGAAGACAGUACUAACGACUCAGUUGAGCGGGUCUCAAUCGAUACAGACUUCACUAAGAUGGACUCCAGUGAUGAUGGAUCAAGCACAGGUGGCCAAUCAGACCAAGGCUAUGACUCUCUAUCUAAGGAGGAGGAGAGGAUGGUGGGAAGGGACAGCGACAGAACACCACUAGAGAAGUCAGAGAGGGAGUCUUGUCCUCUGACUAGACAGGACCACACGACCAGCCCUGGUGACUCCAAAACUCCCUGUGGUACCAGACCAAAGAACCGGAGGCUGAGGCCCAAUUCCCUGGACCUGACCGGAGGACAGGGGACUCUCAGGACCAUCACACUCAACUUCACCUCCACCACCAUGCAGGUCCGAGGCCCUGCUCCGAAACGCCCCCCGCCUCCGAACUGCAAACCUGGGAAGACCAGUCAGGCUGUUCCUACCCAGAACCAGAAGAGAUUGGAUGGGGGAGAGGGGGAGGGGGAGGAGGUAGAAGGCGGUAAGGACAGACAGACACCUGCCAAAGAGGUGGAAAGGAGGAGAGUGAACGUCAGUGUUAGUGUUAGUGGAGAUGGAGACGGGGCUGUAACCCACAGUGUUAGUGGAGAUGGAGACGGGGCUGUAACCCACAGUAUUAGUGGAGAUGGAGACGGGGCUGUAACCCACAGUGUUAGUGGAGAUGGAGACGGGGCUGUAACCCACAGUGUUAGUGGAGAUGGAGACGGGCCUGUAACCCACAGUGUUAGUGGAGAUGGAGACGGGGCUGUAACCCACAGUAUUAGUGGAGAUGGAGACGGGGCUGUAACCCACAGUGUUAGUGGAGAUGGAGACGGGGCUGUAACCCACAGUAUUAGUGGAGAUGGAGACGGGGCUGUAACCCACAGUGUUAGUGGAGAUGGAGACGGGGCUGUAACCCACAGUGUUAGUGGAGAUGGAGACGGGGCUGUAACCCACAGUGUUAGUGGAGAUGGAGACGGGGCUGUAACCCACAGUGUUAGUGGAGAUGGAGACGGGGCUGUAACCCACAGUGUUAGUGGAGAUGGAGACGGGCCUGUAACCCACAGUGUUAGUGGAGAUGGAGACGGGGCUGUAACCCACAGUGUUAGUGGAGAUGGAGACGGGGCUGUAACCCACAGUGUUAGUGGAGAUGGAGACGGGGCUGUAACCCACAGUGUUAGUGGAGAUGGAGACGGGGCUGUAACCCACAGUGUUAGUGGAGAUGGAGACGGGGCUGUAACCCACAGUGUUAGUGGAGAUGGAGACGGGGCUGUAACCCACAGUGUUAGUGGAGAUGGAGACGGGGCUGUAACCCACAGUGUUAGUGGAGAUGGAGACGGGGCUGUAACCCACAGUGUUAGUGGAGAUGGAGACGGGCCUGCAGAUUGCAGUGUCUCCAAACAGAGCAGUGUAAGAAACAGCAGUGAAACCGUGGGCGGAGCCGUGAAGAGGACAAGUAUCGUUGAGACUGGCUUUGACCCUCUGUCCAUUAUAGCAGCUGAGACGGAGACAGAGGGUGAUGGGGACAGUAGCAGUACCUCCACAGCCCGCCGGGACCUGGCAGAAGAGAUAGAGAUGUACAUGAAGGUUCUGAGCCCUCUGAGCAGCAGGACCGCCAGCAUGGACCUUCAGAACCCAGCCAGCCCGCUACUCCACGCCACCUCCGCCCCAUCUAAACCCUCCUCCUCCCGCCGACCUCGGCCCCUCAGCCUGACCCACUCCUCCUGUACCUCCCCCCGACCACCUCCUCCUCCCUUGCUUCGUGCCAACUCGCACCUCCCCCUCUCCAGGCCCAAAGAACGUCUCUGUCCCUCCUCCCUGGUCUCCCCCUCCUCCCCAACACUCAGUCUGGACAUGUUUAAGAGCAGCUUCCUGUCAGCAGGGAAGGGGGUGGCUGAGAAGGCCAGCAGGCUCUACUCCCGCCUGUCAUCACAGCCAUCACUCUCACAGGAUGUGAACUGCGACCAGAUCAGCGUGUCAUCAAUGACCUCAGUGGACCCAGAAUGCACCUCUCUGUUGGAGGAGGGCUCUGUCCUGGACCCUGAAGGUUUCACCUCUUCCUACGCCUCGCCCCAGCACGACAGCAUCGCGUGCCUGAGGAGGAGCCCAGCCAGGGGACGCCUCGUCUCUCAGAGCCCCACCUCGCCCUGCAAGGUGUUCCGCCACAACUCCUUCUCUAGUGGUUUGGCUCCUCCAUCUAGAGGUCCCCAGACUCCAGACUCUUCUCCUGAUGCCUCCCGCUUCUACCUCCGUCACCACUACACUACUGAGGUGUUGAUGUCUAGCUGCUGUCGCUGUAAGACAUGUGACUGUCUGGUGUAUGAUGAAGAGAUCAUGGCAGGAUGGACGGCUGAUGACUCCAACCUCAACACCACCUGUCCCUUCUGUGGCUCUUCCUUCCUGCCCUUCCUCACUGUACACAUCAGGGACCUGAGACACAGGACCAGUGACGAGGGUCACCAACCUUUAGGAGAGGACACGGCUGCUUCAGUCAACCCUGAGACUGCAGCUGGAGCACUGACACCCCAGUCAACCACAGCUCCAGCAACGGAGGAACAGGACACCGAGGGUGUAGCUGGGUGUCCACAGGACCCUGUCCCAGGCACAACUUCAGAUCCAACCUCAGCCCCAUCUCCAACCUCAGCCCCAUCUCCAACCUCAGCCCCAUCUCCAACCUCAGCCCCAUCUCCAACCUCUCCCCCAUCCCCUGCCUCAACUACAACUCGUAGUUCCCCAGUGAGUAGUUCUCCAACCCCAACCCCAUCCCCAUCUCCCCCAGCCCCGGUGACAGUUCCCUACCUGAGUCCCUUGGUUCUGUGGAAAGAGCUAGAGUCUCUGCUGGGUAAUGAGGGGGACCAGGUGAUCAGUUCUCCCAGCAUCGUGGACCAGCACCCUAUCGUAUUCUGGAACCUGGUGUGGUGCUACCGCAGACUGGAACUCCCCUCUCAUCUGCCCGGUCUCAUACUGACCUCACAGCACUGCAGCCAGGGACACGUACCGCAGGUAGGUACACUACAAUGA